AUGAUGAAUCACAAUGUGAUUUUUCGUUGGAUCUAUGAGAGAGGAAAGAAUUACAAUUUAUUUAUACUCGAUGAGAAUGAUUAUCAUGAUGAUGAUGAUGACGAACAAGAAAUACAAGAUCCUGAAGUCCUUCUUAAACAACAAAAGUAUGCAACUUGGCUUUAUGUUCUGCUUCUGCUAGUAUCACUAUACGUUCUCUUCUAUCUUACUUUGAUGACAUUAUACUCUCAAACAAUCACUGUUUCUCCUAUCACUCGAAGUCGUUUCGAGCACCUUCACGUGGAUCAUGCGAAAACUCUUUCAUGCCCGUGUUCGAAAACUGCAAUACCACAUAGAAAUUUUAUUUCCAACAACAUUACAUUUCAUCCUGUCUGUUCGAGUGUUUUUGUUAGUGAACCAUGGAUCGAGGCAUUGUAUUUGGUGAAUGCAAGUGAUUAUGGACCAGCAGAUUUUCGAGCCACAGCAAAAUCUCAAGUGAGUAAAUGUGUUGAUGAGCGAGAUUGGUUUCAACUUUUGGCUGAUCUUUGUUCAAUAUCCAAGGGCUCAGUUAAUCAAACUCAAAUGGAUUUCGACGAUGAUGAGUAUACUACAACGCAGCUGUUUCCUCAAGAACAAGUGCAGUCGGAAUCGAAUGUUGCUGUUGAUGUUAUUCAAAACGCCAUUUACACUCAAAUAGUUUCAUUUCUAAACUACAUCAGAGCCUAUGGUCGUUCCAGCUAUAUAGUAUCGGCUCUUAACACAAAUACAAUGUUUUCCACCUAUCUCACUAAUGCUCAAUAUAAUGUCUAUCAAAUACAAACACAAUAUACGGCAGAUACGAGUGUUUACGUAAUAUCAGUAGAUUCGGUGUUGUGUAGUAUUCAAAAUCCUACAACUCCAACAGGUUUCUUUCCCAAUCUAGCUACAACAGCAGUUUUUGUCCGUAGUGUAUGGACGAAGCCAGCAGCAAACUCGACACUUGUCAAUGGAUUUUUUACAGGAUGUACAUCUCUCGAAGCUCUUCUCGUGAGCACACUUGAUUGUUUAUAUGAUAGUCAAUGCAUUCAGACGUUGACCGGAUAUUUUCCAGCGCUGUCUCAAGUUUGUACAGCGAAAUUCAUCUUCAUCAUUNCAGAAUUCAACAUACAAUUGAAUGCAACACUUGAUCAGUUUAUUCUGUCUACCAUUCGCUCUUUUGAUUCUCUUAUCAAUAUAACAACGCUUCUUACACAAGUUGAUCAACUCUAUCUAGGUCUAAGAGAAGCAAGUUGGGCUACUAACGCGGACCAAUUCGCAUCGUUUAAUAUUGUAACAAGUAAUGCAACUGGUAAUCAAUCACUAAAGGUUAUUUUCAAUUCACCUGGAACUCUCAAUGUGAACUUAUCUGGCAUCAAUUGUAUAUGUGCCACGAAUCCUUCUUGUCAAACUCCCGUUGCCAUUUAUCAGAUGGAUAGUAUUUGGAGUACUCGUAUUGCUACAUAUAUCGUUUAUAUCGUGCCUGGAUCUGUUGGAAGCUGUUCAACAUUCAGUUCACUCAUGUUUUCACAGUUUCUGUGUUUAUAUGCAAACGCUGAUUGUUUUCCUACUGUAAUGAGUUAUGUGAAAAGCUCUUAUUAUGGAAAUGUGUUGAAUCCAACAUGGUUUGAUCCACGUCCUCUCACUUAUGAUCCAGUAAAGAGUCGUUUUCCUCCAAAUACAACAAUUUCAUCCAUAGUACAACAAAUCAUGGUUGAAAAGUGGAAUCCAUCAUAUUCAUAUAAUCGUUUUUAUCAAUUAUGUGCCCCCAGUUAUUGUACUUAUUCGAAUAGGAUGCGUGUUCGAUCCAUCAUCGAAGUGAUCAUAACUUUUGUAUCAAUGAUUGGUGGUCUUACCUUUGCAUUGGGUGUAAUCACACCGCCGCUGAUUGAAUUUAUGGAUGGUUUCCUAUGCCCCAUAGAUACAGUUAUCUUUUUAUUCACAGUUCGUCGAAACAAUGUCAACCAGUUAAAGGUGGCUGCUAAAAAUUUCCUCGCAGUGGGUUAUAACUCUGUGCUCAAUCUUAACAUAUUCUCAGCACGACAUCUUGGAAAUAACGUCGAUCGAGCAACCACUAAGCAUCUUGGCAAAUGGGCAACACGUAUUUACAUUGUCUUAUUCGUUACUGGGUUGUCGAUUCUGACUUUGUACACCAUACUUAUACCUCAAACCAUUACAAAAACCUUCAAAAAACCGUCAUUCACAUCUUACAAUCAACUCAAACAACAAUAUGGAGAUCAACUCAAGUGCUCAUGUUCGGUCAUUGCAUCAAAAUAUGCUCAAUUUACCCAGAUCACAUCAGUAUUCCAUCAAAUAUGUACAAGUUCAUUUGUCUCAGAUCAAUGGCGAAUGGAUGUCACAGGUGAUCUCAAUGCCAAUCUUUCCACAUAUAGACGAACAGA